AUGACAACCUUCACUCCUACACAGCAUACAUCGGUCUAUCCGGCAAUCGACGCGAGCUUGCCGGAGCUCUCUCAGGCUGACCGAACGGUUUUGAUCACUGGCGGAUCCUUUGGCAUUGGCUUCAUUGCUGCGCAGGGCUUUGCAAAGGCAUCUGCCUCUAAGAUCAUCCUCUUGGGCCGUCAGCGAGACUCUCUAGUCUCAGCCUGUGAUCGGCUACGCAAGCAAUAUCCAGAAUUCCAGGGCGAAUUGAUCACAUAUGUAUGCGACGUUGGUGAUGCAGUCCGCGUCGCCGAAGUCUGGGAUGACCUAAAUAAGAAGGCCAUUGCAGUUGACGUAUUGAUCGUGAAUGCGUGCUAUUUCACCGUCGAAGGACAGAUAGCCGAUAUCCCCCUACAGCUGGCUUGGAGGGGUUAUGAGCGGGCCUUGAUCAAUAUUUCCUCCCGCCUGACCCACGACCAUGACGCCAGCGUUGGCUUUGGAAGUUAUGCUAGUACCAAAAUUGCAUUCAGCGCUAUCGUCCAGCAUCUAGCUACCGAGGUCCCUGUUGAACAGAUCCAGGUUCUCAAUGUCCACCCUGGAGAUGUGUAUACGGAAGGCGUUUCAAAGAUAUGUGAGAAGGAUUCCUGGCCUGAUUGGGAUGAACCCAGCCUUCCCGAAAAUUUUCUUGUCUGGGCGGCAUCACCCGCUGCAUCCUUCCUGCAUGGCCGAUUCGUCUGGGCUAACUGGGACGUCACUGAGCUCAAAAAUUGUGAAGCCCUGACAGAUGGCAAACCGGAGAACAAGCAACUUCUCAAACUUGGGGUCAAUGGGCUGGUGUUUGCAGUGCCUACUAUGGCCGCUCUGAAGACUUAA